UCUAUAUAUAAAUAAAUUAGUCCACUUUCUCUCCUCUCUCUCUCUCAAUAUGGAGGCAAAUCUUGUUCUAUACUAUAGGGGCUUUUCAACAGGAGUAUCCAUGAGAAACACAAAGAUCAUGAAUAGUUAUAAUAAAUUACCAUAUUGUUAUCCAGCAUCAUCCUCCAUAUGUUGUGUGUUAACAAAGCCACCUCCAACUAAUCACAAUCAUCAUAGUAAUUUUCAUGUUUAUAAAGAUAAUUGGUUCGAUCAUCUAGCCAUUAACCAUCUCUCUCAAAGUAUACAAGCUACCACAGGAUUAAGAAACAAGAAGAGUGGCUAUGAAAGCUUUGUGGAGGCUGCAAGAGUGGUGUAUGUGAACUAUAACUCCACACAUGAUCAAGUAAAUCUUGUUAUUGAAUCUCUUCAAAGGGCAUUCCCUAAGCCUAUUCUUUCUCUGGUGAAGAUGCUACUACCACAAUCUAAGUGGGCGAGAGAGUAUUGCGCUAUGUUCACCACAGUCUUCUUCGCUUGGCUAGUGGGAUCUUGUGAGGUAAAAGCGUCAGAGUUUAACGGGAGAAAAGAGAACAAUGUGGUCCACAUCAAAAAAUGCAGGUUUUUGGAGGAAACGAAUUGCGUGGGAAUGUGCACUAAUCUCUGCAAGAUGCCUUCUCAAUUAUUUAUCAAGGAUACAUUAGGAAUGCCAGUGAACAUGGUGCCAAACUUUGAUGAUAUGAGCUGUGAAAUGAUAUUUGGGCAGGAUCCUCCUCCACCAAAUACAGAUCCAGCAUUCAUGCAGCCUUGCUACAAACUAUGUAAAUUAAACAAUAAACACAAAAUGGAUUGCAACAGCCAAAGGAAGAAGAAAGAUCAUCUGGAUAUUUCAUAAUGCAUAAGGAACUGAUUUUCAUAAGCUGAUGCAUGAGAAUCCUAAUGGAAAGUUUUUAAAAUAUUGUUUGAAUUUAUUCAGUUACGGGUAUAACAUAUGAAUUUAUUUUUAGAAACUUUACCUAAAAAACUAAAGAAAUGUGAAAACUACAGCUAUAUCUCCUAAGAUAUGUUUAAACUUCUGGUCAAAUGAAGACAGAUUACUUCCAGAA